CCCGCACCGUCCCGUCUGCUGCGUCCCAACUCUUCCCAGUUAGAGACACAAACACUAACAACAACAACAACAACAACACCACCACAAUGGGCGUCGUGGGUCUCGCUUCGCGCGCGCUGCUCGCGGCCGCCCUGGUCGCCCUGUGCUCGGCCGCGCGCUCGGACGCGCCCCGGGGGGUCGCGGUGGGAUUCGUCUUCGACCUGAAGGCGAGAUGCGAGCCGCAGUGCCGCCACGGAGGGAUCUGCAUCCGCAACGACACGUGCUUCUGCUCCAAGGGCUACGAGGGCGAGAGCUGCCAGUUUGCCCACUGUCAGCCCAGGUGUAAGAAUGGAGGGACGUGUCUUCGCCCGGGGAAGUGCAGAUGUCCUCCUGGGUUUGGAGGAAGAUUUUGUCAGAAAGUGACGUGUGACGGGGGAUGCUGGAACGGAGAAUGCAUCGCCGUCAACGGAGCGGCCAAGUGCAUCUGCUCCUCCAGCUGGACCGGGUCCAAGUGCCAGGAGGCGAUCUGUCCCCAGGGCUGCACCAACGGGGGGAGCUGCGUGGCCCCCGGGGUCUGCAGCUGUCCAGAGGGGUGGCUGGGCGGAGCCUGCCACGUCGCCGUGUGCACCAAGUCCUGCUGGAACGGAGGGAAGUGCAUCUCUCCAGAUAAAUGCCGCUGCCGGCCCCGGUUCACCGGCCCUCUCUGCGAGCGGGUAAUGAGGUAUGACUAAUGUGACCUCUGCCGGGGUCAAAGGUCAACGAGGACCAACGAGGGCAACGUCGUCGUGCGGACGAGGACAUUUCUUCUUCUCCUUUAAAGCUGAAACAUUUGUAGCUUCUAUGUAUUUUUUUCCUCUUUUUUUUUUAAAACCUUGAACCAGUGUGUGGUUUCCACUUGACUGUUUUAUAAUGUCAUUAAAUGAUUAAAAAGA